CAGUCAUGGCAACCCUUAGAGUCAACCACUAUCCCCGGAAGUUUCAGAGUACUGGAAAUAAAUGAAAUAGAGGAGAGAGAAAAAUAAACUUCUUAUCCCUUCUCGGUGGAGGUCCAUGCCUCGCUGCGCUGCAAGUCUGAUUUCAUGUACUGACUUUGGAAAACACGCAGAAAAAUGUUUCUGUACAUCCUCGGGCUGGUGGCUGUUUGGUUCGUCUAUCGCUGGUACAGAGAAACCAAAAGAGUCUCCAACAAGGAGGACAAGUAUGUGUACAUCACAGGUUGCGACUCCGGGUUUGGUAAUCUCCUGGCGAGGCACCUGGACAAGCUGGGCUUCCGCGUGAUUGCAGGCUGUUACACCGGGAAGGGUGAGGAUGAGCUGAAGAAGGUCUCCUCCGACAAACUGACCACCAUCCACCUGGACGUCACCGACUCUGAGAGUGUGAGCAAAGUGGCAGCUUUCAUCAAGACUCUGGUUGGACAGAAGGGCCUCUGGGCCGUCGUGAACAACGCUGGUAUCUCAGUGCCGUCCGGUCCCAACGACUGGCUCACCAUAGACGACUACAAGCCUAUGAUAGCGGUCAAUCUGCUCGGCGUCAUCGACGUGACCCUGAGUGUCCUCCCCCUCAUCAAGAAGGCCAAAGGCAGGGUGAUAAACAUCGCCAGUGUGUUUGGUCGAAUCAGCCCAUUCGGCGGACCUUACUGUGUGUCCAAGUAUGGAGUGGAGUCCUUCAAUGACAGCCUCCGCCUCAACAUGGCACCAUUUGGAGUCAAGGUGUUAUGCAUUGAGCCCGGGUUCUUUAAAACAAACGUGACUGACACGGUUAUGAUGAAGAAUAACUUGACGAAGCUCUGGGACAGAUUACCUCAGGAAGUGAAGGACGACUAUGGGCAUGGUUUCUUGGACACAAUGCUUGAACAGUUGGACGAGAGGUACAGGCAGCUUGUAGACGGGGACCUGAUGAAGGUGGUCGGCUGUAUGGAGCACGCCGUCUCUGCCCUUUAUCCACGCACUCGCUACUCCCCAGGAUGGGACGCCAAGUUCUUCUGGUUGCCCAUGUCGUACAUGCCGAGCUGGCUCUCAGACACUUAUUUCAUUAAAAAUACCCCCAGACCCAAAAUAUCUGUGCUGUAGUUUCUGUCACGUCAGUCAAUGAAGGAUUUUGGGCUAAUCUGAAGAUUAUAUGCGCGUGUUUAUUUUCUUACAAUAAUUAUGACUCUAGACAUUAUUACAUCUUUUUAAUUGAUUAAUUGAGCUGCUCUCAGUAGAGUACAUGUCAGGUAAUGAAGAAACCUUUGAGCACUGACAAUUAACUUUGUGUCAAGUCAUGUAAUAAUCUUGAAUGCUGUGUCAUCUCACCUUUGUUAGUAAAGCAAAAUAUCUUAACAUGUAUUUGUCCUACAUAUCGAAGACUGUGCUCUGUAACCUUUAGUCAGAGAUAUUGUGCUUUUACAAUUGAUUUCAGUUGAAAGGGGAGUGCUGUUAUCAAAACCAGGGCUCAUGCACCCUGAGUGUAUUACACAACCCCAAGCGUGUAACCUUUUAGACCCUCCUGUUAUAUCGGACUUUGACUCUGCAGACUUGUUACAUAACUUCACGUUCAUCACCAGGUUUUGAUGUAGAAAGGACCUUUCAGUUAAUUUAUAUUCCCAGGGGUGAAGCAGCAGAAACAUCUAAAGCUGUAACCAUGGUAUGUUUGUAUUAUUUUUAUGAUUAUUAUUUGUUCUACUAUUAUACAUUUAGUGGUGCUUAAAUUUGUGCUGUUUGGCUCUUGUACCCAUUGUGAUCACCUAGCUCAGCUAACAUCUGGAUAAGUUAUUGCCUGUUUAUUUAUUUUACACUAAGUUAAUUAACAGACUUGACAGGAGUGGCUCGAUUGAAACCUUUUCUUAUUUUUGUAUGUGGUUUUUUUGUUUUGUUUUGUUUUUUGUUACAUUUUACUUUAAGUAGAUAGCUUAAUGAGAUCUGGUGCCAUCUGGUGGAUGAAUGAAAAUUGUCAUGUUGUUUUUCAAAAUCUGUUUACCCAUAGUUUAGUUUCUAACAUGCAGAUAGUUUGGCUUUGAGUUUUCAGAGGGUUAUGUUAAUGAAACGCAAUUGGUGCACAAAUCAAAUAAAAUGUA